AUGCCUCACAUCGCCUCACCUCUCGCCAUGUCCUCACAGCGAAGCAACGUUCGGCUGUUUACCUCGCAGGACCUGCACAGCAGCCUCAACGCAAACCUGGCAUACAACAAGGACAAUCAGCGACCGUCAACACCUGUCCGCCAUAUCCAAGAGAACGACUACGCUGUUCCCGCACCCCCGCCCCCAAGCCCCGUCAGCUUUCGAGCUGAUGCGUGGACCAUGCCGGGUCGGCAUUGA